CUGGACUUGUGUCAUCCAGCGGCUGAUCGAGUCGAGCUCGCAGCUGCAUCUUUCACCAUCGAGCACGCUUCUCCUGAGCUGGACGCUGCUUUUCAUGGGUUGUCGUGUUGCAUUAACUCUCUGCUCUCUGCUCUCUUUCUCCAGGCUGGCAGAAUGAAUCCCAUGACACAGCUGUACUACAAGAAGGCGACGUAUUCCCCGUACCGAGACCGCAUCCCGCUUCAGAUAGUCCGAGCUGAGGUGGAGCUGUCUGCUGAGGAGCGGGCCUACCUCACCGCCGUAGAGAAAGGGGACUAUGCCGGGGUCAAGCACGCCCUCCGCGAGGCGGAGGUCUACUACAACAUGGAUGUGAACUGCCUGGACCCGCUGGGCCGCAGCGCGCUCCUCAUCGCCAUCGAGAACGAGAACCUGGAGAUCAUGGAGCUCCUGCUGGACCACGGCAUCCACACGGGCGACGCCCUGCUCUACGCCAUCCGGAAGGAGGUGGUGGGCGCGGUGGAGCUGCUGCUGUCCCACCGCAGACCCAGCGGGGAGAAACAGGUUCCCUCGCUGAUGAUGGACAGUCAGUUUUCAGAGUUCACACCAGACAUAACUCCCAUCAUGCUCGCUGCUCACACCAACAACUAUGAGAUCAUCAAGCUGCUCGUCCAGAGAAAGGUCACCAUCCCGAGACCACACCAGAUUCGAUGUGAUUGUGUCGAGUGUGUAUCCAGCUCAGAGGCAAGUGAUGUCGACAGCCUUCGGCAUUCACGGUCCCGUCUCAAUAUCUACAAGGCGCUAGCCUCCCCCUCUCUCAUCGCACUUUCCAGUGAGGACCCCAUCCUCACUGCCUUCAGACUGGGCUGGGAACUGAAAGAACUCAGCAAGGUGGAGAAUGAGUUUCGUCAAGAGUAUGAGGAGCUUUCCCAGCAGUGCAAACGUUUCGCCAAAGACCUCCUGGAUCAGGCCCGGAGCUCCAGAGAACUUGAGACCAUCCUGAACCACAGAGACAACGACCAGAGUGAGGAACUGGAUCUCAGGCAGUGCCACGACCUGGCCAAGCUCAAACUCGCCAUCAAAUACCACCAGAAAGAGGUAGGGAUCGGCCCCCCAGUGCUGCCUGUAAAGGGGAGGAUCAUUCUUAUUAUAAAAAGAGUCUAG